CAACGGCUUCCAGAUCAAUGUUGUUAUUUUGCUGGCCCGGUAACUGAAGGCGAUUGACAUAGGUGAAAUAGAAAUGCUAAUUUUGUCGCAUGAAUAAGCGCUUUUCAGUAACUCUAUUGAUACUGAACACUUAAACAUGCCUCCUAAGAAGAAAUCCGGCAAAAAGAAAUCUGGGAAGAAAAAGAAGGGCAAGAAGAGCGGUGCGUCAAAGGAACCAAAGUUGACAGUCGAGGAAGCUAUCGUUGCUUUUCAGAUAGAAGUUAAACAGAGGAAUUUUGAAGAUCUUAUGUAUGAUUUACAAUCCCUCAAGGAAAAGAAUGAAAGACUAAAAGACAGGAACCAACGUCUCAAGGAGGAGCAACUACUGCAUAUUAAAACUCUUUUAAAACAAGUGAAAGAAAAAGAUAAGGAAGUGGAGAAAGCAGCAGAGGUUGGACAUGAACAAGUUGAGGCUGCUUUACUGCAAAAAUUUGACUUGAUGAAGGCUGAAGAAGCAGAAGUUCAGGCACAAAAUGAUCACAUUCAAAAGAAAGAAGCUGAAAUAGAAGAAGUACGCAGGGACAUAAGAAGGCUCCAGGAAUACAGGGAUAUAGGUGCAGAGGAACAUGCAAAACAAAUAGUGCUACUGAAACAAGAUCUGAGAGAAAUGCAGGAUUCUCAGGAUGACAUUGCAGCUCAUCUAGAAAGAAGCUUAAAGAUAGCCAAAGAUGAAAUUGAAACAUACACUGAAUCAACAAUCUCCAAACAGAAGGAUAUAGCAAAUGAGAAAGCAACAAAUAACUUGGACAAGGAUAGCUGUGGGGAAAUUUUGGACCACAGAUGGCUCAAGAAAGAGGUUGCUAUUCAUCGUGAAGGCCAUGCUGACCUGUCAGCAAAAGUAGAGGACUUGGAAAAAAGAAACUUGGAAAUCAUGAGUGAGAUGUUUGACUGUAAGGUUGAAGACCUCAAGUUCACUCGGCAGUUUUAUCUGAGUUGUAUAGAGGAUGAGGACAGUUCAGAUGAAGACGAUGUUGAAGAUGAUGGAGAAGAGGUGAUUGCUUCGCAUGGCGUCCUUGGAGAACAAAAUGAAAAACCGGAUGAUCUGCUAGAUAACUAUUUCCUCCCUGGUGAGGAUGAUUUUCAGGACUCUCCGCGCCUUGGACCAAUGGAACUACAACUUCUUUCAGUGAUUGGCACAAGGAAACCAGUCUUCUCUCAUCCUAUGGACAUGGACCCAGAUAGACGCGAACUUGCCGCGUUACCGGACUCCGCAGACUCAUCACGGCCAGGGAACUACACAAGCCCUCGAAAUUGGCCCAUUACGAACACCAUGCUUCAAUCACUGGCCAUACAAUGAAUACUUCAUUCUUAUUGCUGGCUGGUUGAUCCGGCAUGACGUGGAAAAUUUCGUAAAAGGAAGUGAAUUUAUACAACGGAAGCGAUGGUCAGAUCAGGAAAGUUUCAACGGUUUAGUUGGCGAAGGAUUGCACCUUUUUAUUACUUGUAACUCGCUUGGCAAAUCUAAAUUUAUGUUUGUACUGUAUAUAAAUAUACAUGUAUUUAUUUCACACUGGAGCAAUUCCCUCGGUCAAAUUUGAAACA